GCGCAACCGAAGCCGACCACAAUGGCAUCCUGGGCAGAGCGCGCUCGUACGUACCGCGCUGGCGACUUUGCCGCGACGCUUGUCGUGCUCGCUGUCGCGAUGACGAUCUCUUCGUUUGGCCUCUUCCGCCGUGACAUCCCGGUCCUCACGCUACCACUCAACGCCACGUCCAGCCUCUUUCUCCGUGAUCCGAGUUUGAACCUCAAGAUGCGCAAGGAGCAAGUCUCGCCGAUCGUGUGCAUGGUGCUGGCGUACGUGCUGCCACUGCUCGUGCACGCAGUCGUGCAGUGGAAGCACCGCAUCGCCAACGAUACGCGGGACUUCGUCCUCUCGCUGCUCCUCUCGGGUACCCUCACGCAGCUGAUCACCAACAUCGUCAAGAGCCUUGCCGGUCGCUUCCGCCCGAGCUUCUACGACAUGUGUGACUGGAACACGGAGAUUCUCUGGGACGGCGUCGCCAACCUUUGCCGCAAUGCGGCGGGCGAAGCGCAGGGGCGCAAGUCAUUUCCGUCGGGCCACUCGUCCACGGCCUUCUCGGGGCUCUGUUUCCUUUCGCUCUACCUCCUCGGACGCGCAGGUGUCGCGACCUUUGCACGCGGCACACGCUCGAUGCUCUCGGCGGCCAAGCUCUUUGGCGCAUGCCUUCCGCUUUUGCUCGCGACGUGGAUUGCGCUGACGCGCUCGCAAGACAACUGGCACCACUACUCGGACAUUGCGGUGGGAGCGCUCAUCGGCAUUGCGUCGGCCUUUGUCGCGCACGCCUUCAACUACGCAGCGGUGUGCAGCCCGGAAAACGCUGGUCUCCCGCUCGAAACCUGCUUCGCUGACCAGGAAGGAACGCUCCAGGAGCCGCUGCACAAGGACAACGAUGCGUCCGAGUGCUAAGACGCAGAGUGCUCUAAUCUCUUGCUGCCUUGACUCCUUCCAGUGCUCUCGCUUGCAAGGUUUCAUUUAACCCUCCCAGACCUAAGGACAGUUAAACAAGUUGAUGG